UUAAACUGCUGCCUGCCUGUGCAGCACAGAAGAACCGUGCAUUUCACAUUACAGACCAAAACCCCAGGAAAACUGCUCAAAAAAUCCUUCCUGCAGCUGCCAGGCAACCACGACGGAGAGAGGCAAAACCUUUUUUUCCUCCCAAUACAACUGAAACACUAAACCCAGCUCUGCUGCUUUACAUUGCAGCUCAGCGCUAUUACUAGAAAUAUGGAUACUGAGGAGAGAAUACAGCACUGCAUUGUCCAGCCGGGAAUACAGCAGAUGUAAAGACUUCAAUGCAUCAACUGUCGGAAAGAGUCAACUGUGCACCAAAUACAACAGACAACUACAGCUCUUUUGUUUAAUGAAAGAGAAAAUGAAAGAAAGGAAAAAUCUCUGAAGACUGGAUACAGACAUAUGAACAAGCAGGGUAACUUGAAGACACCCUGACAGAUGGACACUUUGGAUACUGUGAAAAGCAAUCACAGGAGGCAGACUGUUGGGGGAUGUGCGCAUGUUCGAUAGCAUCGUUUCUGCUGAAGUGAUGGUGUGCCAAAAGUAUUUUCAGUAGACAUAAUCUCCUCCAUCUAAGUGGUCUGACCAAGAAAGAAAGAAUGACGUCGAGGGACAUGUAACUGAACCAGAAAAUGAUGAGUCAAGAACAGUAUUGAUUCAGGAAGCAACAACAGUGUUUUUGGCCACAUACAUCUGCUACUAUUACUGGAUAUUUACAACAUGCUUCAGUGGAGGAGAAGACACUGCUGCUUUGCAAAAAUGAGCUGGAAUGCUAAAAGGUCUCUGUUCCGGACUCACCUUAUGGGUGUACUUUCUCUAGUGUUUCUUUUUGCUAUGUUUUUGUUUUUCAAUCAUCAUGACUGGUUACCAGGUAGACCAGGAUUCAAAGAAAAUCCUGUGACAUACACUUUCCGAGGAUUUCGUUCUACAAAAACUGAGACGAAUCAAAGCUCCCUUCGGAACAUCUGGAAAGAAGUAGUUCCUCAGACUUUGCGGCCUCAGACAGCAACUAACUCCAACAACACAGAGCUAUCACCACAAGGAGUUACAGGACUAGAGAACACUCUCAGCGCCAACGGAAGCAUUUAUAAUGAAAAGGGUACUGGACAUCCAAACUCUUACCAUUUCAAAUAUAUCAUCAAUGAGCCUGAAAAAUGCCAAGAGAAAAGUCCAUUUUUAAUCCUACUAAUAGCUGCAGAGCCUGGACAAAUAGAAGCAAGAAGAGCUAUACGGCAAACUUGGGGCAACGAAACUUUAGCACCUGGCAUCCAAAUCACAAGGAUUUUCUUGUUGGGCAUAAGUAUUAAGCUAAAUGGCUAUCUUCAACAUGCAAUCCAAGAAGAAAGCAUACAGUAUCAUGAUAUAAUUCAGCAGGAAUACUUAGAUACAUACUAUAAUCUGACCAUUAAAACACUAAUGGGUAUGAACUGGGUUGCAACAUACUGUCCACAUACUCCAUAUGUUAUGAAAACGGACAGUGAUAUGUUUGUCAACACAGAAUACUUAAUACACAAGUUACUAAAGCCAGACCUGCCUCCUAGACAUAACUAUUUUACUGGGUAUCUAAUGAGAGGCUAUGCACCUAACAGAAACAAAGACAGCAAGUGGUACAUGCCACCAGACCUGUACCCAAGUGAGCGUUACCCUGUCUUCUGCUCAGGAACUGGUUAUGUUUUUUCUGGGGAUCUGGCAGAAAAGAUAUUUAAGGUUUCUUUAGGUAUCCGUCGUUUGCACUUGGAAGAUGUAUAUGUAGGGAUCUGUCUUGCCAAGUUGAGAGUUGAUCCAGUGCCCCCUCCCAAUGAGUUCGUGUUCAAUCACUGGCGAGUUUCUUAUUCAAGCUGUAAAUACAGCCACCUAAUUACCUCUCAUCAGUUCCAGCCUAGUGAACUGAUAAAAUACUGGAAUCAUUUACAACAAAAUAAGCACAACGCCUGUGUCAACGCAGCAAAGGAAAAGGCAGGCAGGUAUCGGCACCGCAAACUACACUAGAAGACUAUUUUUGUUCAAAUGUGGAAUCUGUAAAUAUUGCUUAAAGCAUGUAUAGUUAAAAACUUGAUUACAUACAUAGGACAAGUUUUAGUUCAACUCAUCACAUAAAGGAAUUCAAAGCUAUUUUUUUAAUUUCUGAAUAAGCUAAUUCAUACAAUUACAAAUUAUGACAAAAAGGUAUACCAACAGAGUCUAUUUAAAUAACUGUAUGAGGAGAUUCUCUCUAUCAACAUGCAAUAAGAAGCAUGCAUACAUAAAUGGUUCAAGUCUUACACUAGGGACCAAUACAAUGUAUCUGCAUAGAUUUUCUAUAUAAAUCUUAAGUUCAGAAAUGAAGACAGUAAAAGAUUCCUAGACUUACUUUUGAUUUCACCAUAUAACUAAAUGUAAAUAAGACAGUACUAUUGAUUUUAAGGGAACUUUGUAAUUGUGCAAAGAAUAAAUUUUCUGACCUGACGCUAGAGUUCUAAAACUUUAUACUACACGCAAUAAGAUUUAGUUACAUUAUUCCAUAAACUCAUUUAUAGCAUUCAGGUGUUUGAACAAUGCAAUUCUCAUUCAAAAUAAUUUAUAAUUAUUUUAAUUUCUUUUAUUAAUACUCAUCGACACUGGGAAAAUUAUUUUGACAUGAUGUGAUAAAUGUGAAAAAUUAAUGUGUCUCAGGCUCAAGUUUUUAUAAAAUGAUUUAUUAAAGGUAUCAAAAUAGAUAAAUUGUUUCCUCAUUGGUAUUAAGAGUCAAGCCCGUAUUUCAAUGACUUUAGAAUAAAUAUUACACUCUGGGGUGUUCUAUUAUCUUCAGCUAUACCUGACUUCAAGUAUGUCUGUCAACACAGUCAUGUUCCUAUGUCUGUCAACACAGUCAUGUUCCUCCUGCUGAAAUGCAAGUAGCAAUGAAACAGCACAGCGAUGGUGUGCUGCCCUUACAAAGGAGGAAAACAGGGUGCCAGGCAGUCAUUUCGUUCCAUGUAUUUCUAAGAUGUAUAUCUGCCAACCAGCAACAUAUGGGAAACAUGUAUUUUCUGAGCGCAGGUGUACAUAAGAAAACAUUUUAAUCAUUUUAUAGCACUUAUUUCUUUCUCAUAGUGCCAAGUUUACAAAUCUUUGGUUUUUAAUUUGGUAGAUGACAAAUAUUUGCAUCACCAAUUAAAUACCAUUUAGGGAGUGGUGGGGAGAAAGCUACAGAUGUUUGAUAACUGUUUGCCUUUAGAGUGGACAAUAUACUUAGUGCACAUUUACCAAGGUACUAUUAGUAUUUUAAAAGUAAACAACAAAGCCCUAAACAGAAUGCUACACAAAUGUUCUCAUAUUUUGUUUGGCCCUACCAUGAAUUUUAACAUCAAUAAACAUAAGCCCACUAACUUUAAAAUGCUGUAUCCUAUGUAAAUUUAUAAAUUUUAAUUAAGUCAGAAUAUCUCCUAUCAGAAUUCUAAUAAUCAUUUUUAAUCACUGAAUCUAGUAUGAAAGGAUUACCUUUCAUACGUGAAGCACAAAAAGCUUUAUUUGUUAGUAAUACACUGAGUUCUACUUCUAUUAAAUGUAUACCCUGUCUUUAAAUAAGAAGCCUAAUAAAUAUUCUAUUCCAUACCAAAUGAUUAUGAACAAUCAGCUAUGAAACAUCCACCAGCUCUUGGCUAAUAAUUAUUUUUCACUUAAUUUAUUCUAUGUAAUUGUAGUGAUCAGUAUUACUUCACAAAAAGAUAUACAGAGGACAGUGCUAAACUACUAGUGAUCAAAGACAAGGACCCUGUCAGUGUAUCAAGUCUCUCUGAUUUACACCACAGAAGUUUAAAAUGAAAAUGGGAAGUAUGUAUGUUUGUGAGUAUUCCUGCACAGGGGUGUAAAUAUAAGAAGAAAAAACCCUAAGUGAUAUUUAAAACCUAUAAUUGUAUAGGAUUACUGCGUUUAAAACACUGGCUUACAAAACACAGAAUUCUCAAAAAAGUGCUUAAUGUCAGAUAUCAAUUUAAAACCAUUUCCAUUGAUUUGAAAAAUUAUCAUAAUUUGAUGAUUCUCUGAGUCCCCAGGGGGCAUUAAACCAGCAAGUUCUUCCAGACAAAAGUCUGUACACUUCUGCCUUUGGGGUAGCACAUACUAACAUAAGGCAGUGAGAAUGAGAGUUCAAGGCAAAUUUAGGUUAAACAAUAAAAUCGCGACUAUGAAAACUAUAACUUACUUUAAAUAAAAAUUCUAUUAUUUUAUUAAUUUACUUUUACAUUUAAUUUUCAACAAUAUAAAUGCCACUUUUACAAGCUGCUAUAUAAAUGUCUCACUAGUUAAUUAUAUCCUGUUUACCUCCAUACUAUGAAAUUUUUAUAUGUAAGUAAUGUUUGAAAAUGACUAUGACUAUAUUGACAUGAUAAAAGGAAAGACUACAGAAUCAGCUGUGUAACACUAUAUUCAAAGUGUUAAUAGACAUUUCAGAAGGAAAAUGCAAAUGUCAGUAUUUACAUUAGUUUGGAAUAAAAUCAGAGGUAAUG